UUGGCAUUGACGGAAACCUGCUAUUUUCCAUAUUUUUGUUGAUUAAAGUUGUCGAUUUCGUGAAGUUUGUGGGGAAUUUUGAUCUUUUCACCCCCUAGGCAGCCUUUGAAUCUUUCCUGGCUGACUCUGUCAGGAUUUCAUUCUCUCAGUGGUAUUUUGCUGUCUCGAUGAUUGAGACGCUCUCUGUGGUGAUACAUGUUUUGACUUUGAUCCACUUAUGACAGUAACAGCAAUGCCGAUGCCCACUGCAGCCAACACAUUUGGCAUACGCGAUGUAUGGGCUGUCAAUGCUGAGGAGGAAUACAAAAAGAUGCGACAAAUGGUUCAGACAUAUCCCUAUGUCGCCAUGGACACUGAAUUUCCCGGAGUUGUGGCACGACCGAUAGGAGAGUUCCGCAGCACAUCAGAAUACCAGUAUCAACUUCUGCGUUGCAAUGUAGAUCUGCUGAAAAUCAUUCAGGUUGGCUUCAGCUUCAUGGAUGAGGAGGGCAAUUCACCAUCUCCCUACUCCACAUGGCAGUUCAACUUCAAAUUCAACCUCACGGAGGACAUGUACGCACAGGACUCAAUCGACCUUCUCCAGAACUCUGGCAUUCAAUUCAAGAAGCAUGAAGAGGAGGGAAUAGAAAUUGAUGACUUUGCCGAGUUCCUUAUGACAUCAGGUCUAGUACUCUCAGACAGGGUCAAAUGGCUCUCAUUCCACAGUGGGUAUGAUUUUGGCUACCUUCUGAGCAUGUUAUCUGGUUGCAACCUGCCGGCUGAGGAGUCAGAUUUCUUCGACUUGUUACGGAUCUACUUCCCGAAUAUAUAUGACGUGAAAUACUUGAUGAAGAGCUGUAAAAACUUGAAGGGGGGUCUACAGGAAGUGUCGGAACAGCUGGAGAUCGAACGGGUGGGUCCACAGCAUCAGGCAGGCAGUGACAGCUUACUAACAGGAGCCGCAUUCUUCAAAAUGAGAGAGAUGUUUUUUGAAGACAACAUUGACGAUAGCAAGUAUUGUGGCCAUUUGUUCGGACUUGGAACAUCGUAUGUCCAGAAUGGUUCAGCGUAUGAAAGUCACACGAAUAAUCAGGCCUUCCCGGCUGGUCAAGGAAAUGUAACGAAUGGCGGGGACGCGGUGGCAACGACAACUUCAAGUUGACGCAAUCAUGAAACAGACUGAAAAAGUUUGGUGUCUUUGCAAUGAAUUUGAUUUGGUGAACCGGUGGACGGGCAUUUUCUGAAAACAUUACUGGAUGGUUAGAACAUUUCUGAAGGCAGUGUUUGUCAGGAGUUCAAAGUAUGUCUUAGAAGGUCUUGCCUUUUCUAACUCAGAAUGAGUAUAGUUAGAAAGAAUGUAGAAUUGGUGAGCUUCCAGCACUUCUGGAACUAUCAAAAUAUGUCUUACACGAAGAACCAUUGUUUGUUAAUAGUAUCCUUGAAGAAGACCUAUUGCAAGGCUUAUUCAUGAAAUCAGUCGCCUUUUUCAAAUGACCUCUCAGUUCAUGUGCAAUUGUUGGGAGAUACUUGAAUAUGUAUAUAUGAUAUUUUGGUUCAGAAGUUUAAAGCCGUAAGAAGCAAAAGUCAUAGCGUUAAUUUUCUAUCGUAUUUUGUUCAGUUCUUUUCUGUUCUUUCUUCACAAUCUACCAACAAACUUUCAUCUUGACCUGCACUUUUUUCAAAGGUGUUUAAACUUUGAGACAAAUACAAAUAAAAAUACUUUCUAGGAAAGUGUGUCUUGAUACAUAAAUGCCAGCAAACUGGUGUUUCUUCCAGCAUAUAUCUGAUCUCCAUUCUGAUUUCGCUCAAUCCAAAAACCAGUUGAGUUCAUUUCAGCUGAUGUUAUUAACCUUUUUGAAAGAGAAAAUGUCAACUAUGCUGUUGGUACUAUCUUGAUUUCUUAAAACUCUCAAAAUUGCUGUUUAUUUCACUGUCCUUAUUCUCUUUUGUAUUAUGUUGUGUCAGGUCUUGCAUGCACAGUUCUCAAAACCUUGUGGAGAGUGUGAUAUGAAAAUGUAGGCUGCACCAUUUAUUGACUGCCUAACUCUUCAUAAUAUGACUUUUGCUGAUGACGGCAAAACUUCAAACAAAUGGUCAGUGGUUACGUGUGAUGUGGUGUUUGACUAUGGAAGAAACUUGGCAGUAAGUUGGGACAACAAUUUGAAUGAGGUCGUGUGAAAGAAUUAAAGACAAAAGGUCAAACCUACGAAAGCUUUUGUGAAGUUUUGAUGCAAAGUUUACAUCAAAAUUUCUUUUUAUUGGUAGUCAAGUUGUAAUAGAUUCAUUUUAACUCCUGAAUUUUUAUCACAACCUGAAAAAGGUUUCCCUAUAACUUUAAAAUGGUGCUUAAUGGGAACAUUUGGAUUAGUAGAGAAGAGUUUGGUUGUCAAUACACUUAUCUCAUCUUUUUGUAGUCUAGUCAUUCCAACUUUUUGAAACUUCGAGCAGACAAUGAAUUGGUGAUUUACUAUGUGUGUUGCCGGUUUGUUUGGAAACGAUGCGGCUCCAAUAAUGAUAUCGCAAAUUCAUGUUUAGUAAUAGUAUACCAGGAAUGAAUUGUAGAAUUAUUCAGUGGUGCUUUAUGUGUAAAAUUUCAUAUAAUGUGUCCAUUUGGUAAAUUCUGAUUAUACACCAAACUGUCAUAGUUUCAAUCUGUGCCAUGAAUAACAGAAUCACAUCCUGAAAACGUUUGGAAAAGAGCGAGCAUUUCUCUUUUAGAUCAACUUUUUAUGGUUUUAACUCUCUCAAUUUAGAACUUUUCCUUAUGUGAUAUUGGUGAUGCGGCCUUUGUGCCGAUAUCCCAACUCAAAUAUUGUGCCAUUCAUUAUCGUUUUCAAGUGCGAAGGGGUAUUGUGGCGCCGGUGCCCAAUUUCGUUCAAGAGGGAAGGGGUAGCAUUGCCCUGAUGAAGUCUUUUUGAGUUACCAAGAUAUGGGCCUUGGCGUACUAGCCUCAAAUUUAUCUCAUUAAAAUGAGGUGCCAUCCCAGUAGACCGCUCUUUUAGCAGUCAUAUAAAAUAAAAAGAAGAAUAGCUUGCAUCUUUCACAUGAUCUCAACUUCUGGAAAUUUGUUGUAAAACUUAACUUUAAAAUUGUUGUAAAACUUGGCCAAUUUUCUUCCAUAGUCCAAGUGUACUGACAUCAUUAGUGCCAGACAAAUGACAAGGCUCCUGAAUUGGGUCGUGUCCCUUCAAAAGGGGACAGCUUAUACUACGAGGGUGCAUUGCAUUGAGCAACUGCGCCUUUCGAGAUGAGGGUCUAGCAGGUACUUCAGACUAGUGUCGAUACUCACACUGAACUCCCGCAUUUCUAAAGUCUAUUUCUCUAAUCAGGUCUUGUUGGGAGGUAUUGUGUUUUAUGUUGGGCAAGCAGUAAAAAACAAUCAAGACCAAGGAAAUGUGUGUUGAUGCUGAAAUAUUGGUCAAUUUAUGAGUUACAUUUCCCCUGUUGUCCACAAUACUGAUUUAAAAAACCUUGUUCUAAGGCCAUGCAAUAGCCUCUUCCAUUGUGGCCAUGUUUAGAGGAAUUUACUUUAGCGAGGACUUUGUCCCUUGACACUAGUCUUUCAUGUACAUUUCUUUUUAGUAUAUACAGUUAAAGACAUUUGUACUUUACCUACCAUUGUGUGUCGUAAGCAUGUGCCCAGGUCUGUAUAAAUUCAUAGUCGAUAAGUCAGUAAAAAAUGUCGGUGCCAUGAAUUUAAUUUUGGUGUUGUGUGGUUUAUAAUUUAAAAGACUGCAGACUUGAGCAGGAAUAUUUCUAAACACAUUUCAUACUUUGAUAAUAUUGGUAUAGUGUGACCUCGAAUUAAAUUUUCUCGCAAGUUUUUGAAAUAGCUUGUGGAUUGUGGCUGCUUUUGAUCCAAGAUGCUAAACGUCUCUGUGACAGCUGUGUGUUUCAUUGAUAUAUCAAACUUUAGUUGACAAAUUUCCAACACCAGAGACCACACCACCAGUUUUCACUGCCAGACAAUUUUGUAGCAAUUUCGAUGCUGGCUUUGAUUUAUAGUUCCACAUGAUCACAGUUCCAAUUUGUUUAUGUGAUUGUAGGGCCUGGCGACUUGUUUUUAUUACCAUGUGGUGGCACUGUGAGCAAAUGAGUAAGUUGUCAUGCAUUUUACUUUUGUAAAUAAAGGGGCAACUUGUCUGUAUUCUUCCUAGCA